AUGUCCCUCAUCGAUGUCAAUGAUAAGGUCACACUACACCCGAAGCCUGGGUUCGUCGUAAAGACAAAGAUCUUGGAAUGCAAGGAUGCCUCGAGGGUCCUGACAAAAGUGUUUAUCAAUAUAUGUCAUGACGAGCAGGUGCCUAAACCGCUGGUGGAGUUUGAAGCGAGCGUCGUUUUCCCGAUGAUCAUGGAGAAUCAGUGGGAGAUCCCUCUCGUUGUUUCUCGAGAAAAGAGCACUGCCGAUAAAAAAGGUUUUCCGUCGUUGGUGUAUGACUGUUGCAUCAACUCCCAGUGUUUUACCUGGUGCCAAGUCAGCAAGGAUUUGCGACUUAUUUUGGUGGAGUGGUGCAUCGAGUCUGUGGAAUUGAUAUAUUCGGUGGUGUUGGAGAGGGACUACAGCGUUCCCAAGAUGUUGUCCAAGGGGGAGCUAACAGAAACCGAAAUCACCAGGCAAGAACUCGCCGAGGUGGGGAUGAAAAAAUUGCAAGACAUGAAACGAGACGAGACCCUGAACUUGGUGGUGGAUUUGAGGGUCAUGGAUGAGGGAGAGAAAGAGGAGGAAAAGGAGGUAGGCAGCGAGGUCACCCUUUCAGACUUGUUAAAUCGAGCUGCCCCGACUCCCAAGAAGAAGAAGAAGAAGUUGAUUGACGAAAUAGACUCGGUGCCCGAGCGUGUCUACCAACCUAAACCUCACAAGCCGGGUCCAACACGCAUCAACUACGAAAUAACCUUUAGAAAAAUCAACAAGGACUACAAGAUGUGUAUCAUAAUCGAUACAAAGCCGGUCGAUCCCGCUAAGUUCGAGGCGACCUACUCCUCGCUGAGAGCGGUCAUCGUCAUCAAGAGUCUCGACCCCCAGUACAUUUUCCCUCAAAAUGAGCUAGUGGUGCCGAUUCUGCACGAACAGGUCCAAUCUUCCAAAGACCUCCGAUGCUUCUGCUGCGAUUGCAAGCUAUUCAUAUUUGUAUAG